AUGGAAAAGUUUCUGCGCUCCUGGCGCCAGGAUGCGCUGAAUCGGGGCCAACACGAUGCUGCCAUCUACAUUGGCGACAAAGUCCUCGCAUUGACGAGUGACGAUUCCGAUGCCUUCUGGCUCGCCCAAGUCCAUUUCUCUAACAACAACUACACGCGCGCCUUGGCCCUCCUCUCCCGGAAAGACCUCAUCUCCCGAAGUACCGCUUGCCGCUAUCUCGCCGGCCAUUGCUAUAUAAAACAAAAUCAGUUUGACCAGGCUUUGUCAGUGCUCGGCGACCAUAACCCAACUCAUCUGAUCCGCAGCAGCAACAGCCCAUCGCGGAUUGACCGCAACGAGGAGAGGGAAAGGGAGGAUGCGAAUAACAUCCGGUUUGAAGCGGCAAUAUGCUACCUGCGAGGCCUCUGUUUUGCAAAGCAGAAUGCCUUUGAUCGGGCCCGUGACUGCUACAAGGACGCGGUGCGCAUUGACGUCCAGUGCUUUGAGGCUUUUGACCAGUUGAUGAAGAAUUCACUCAUGUCGCCGGCUGAAGAGCUCGAAUUUUUGGAAUCUCUAGAUUUUGAUGCGGUAUCCUCACCCGAUCCGUCGGUCGCACAGGAGGCGGCUCAUUUCACCAAGAUGCUCUACACAACCCGACUGUCGAAGUACUCGUCGCCUGCCAUCCUGUCCGACGCAACCGAGACCCUGUCCACGCACUACAACCUUGCGGAGAACCCUGAUAUUCUCCUUUCUCGGGCUGAAGCUCUUUACACCCAGUGCCGGUUUGCGGAGGCGCUCGAGCUGACAUCUUCGAUCUUGGCCACGGAGGCAAGCACCACACCCAAUGUCCCGGCUCUAACGGUUUACCCUCUGCAUUUGGCCUGUCUGUACGAAACCGGGGCAACAAAUGCGCUUUUUCUGCUCGCCCACACGCUGGCCGACCAUGCGCCGGAAGAGCCGUACACAUACCUUGCGAUUGGCGUCUACUACCUGUCAGUGUCAAAGAUUGCCGAAGCACGGCGGUUCUUCUCGAAAGCAUCCUUGCUGGAUCCGCAUUCCGCACCGGCGUGGAUCGGGUUUGCGCAUACCUUUGCUGCUGAAGGCGAGCAUGAUCAAGCGAUAGCCGCAUACAGUACGGCCGCUCGGCUGUUUCAAGGCAGCCACUUGCCGCAGCUGUUCCUUGGUAUUCAGCAUUUAGCCUUGAACAACAUGUCCUUGGCCCAUGAGUAUCUGUCUGCAGCCUACGCGAUGUCCACGGGGGCGGCUGCUGGCACGGUGCCGUCCAUCCCCGCCAACCCUUCCGGCGACGCCCAUGGCGGUGACCCGCUGGUUCUCAACGAACUCGGCGUCGUACUCUACCACCAAAACCAUCUCGAGGGCGCUGUAGAGCUAUUCAAUCAAUCGCUGGCUUUAGCGACGGCACUUCAUUGUGAGCCGGGUGCCUGGGUGGCUACACGCGCGAAUUUAGGUCACGCACUGCGCCGUAUCGGGCGACUAGUUGAGGCGCUUGCUGAGUUCGACGAAUGCCUUCGGAUCGGCGCGGGCGGGGCAGGAGCGGUAACAGCUCUUCAUGAAGCUGUUCGCGUCCUUGGGGCGAGCGGAGGCGGGGAUGCGGCUGGCGGCGCGGGUAUUGCUGGCACUCUUCUCUCCCGUGCUUUGGAGAUCUGGGCUCUGGAGUUCCCGACCACGGGCCCUGCAACGGAGACAUUGGAACAAAAGGUGGAGAUGGAGCUAGAUGACGAGGCAGAUGGUCUACUGCGACAUGCAAUGAGUCGGGUUCGUGGGGGGCGAGGAAGACGACGACUAGAUUUCAGUCCCGACGCUGAGGCCACUGAGACUCCUGGUCCGGCAGGUGCUCGUAGUCGGGGGUCCAGAGCCCGUUCGUGA